AUGCUUUGGUCCUUUUUUCUUCUUCCGCUUCUCGUCCUUGCAGCUGACAUCGAGCCUAUCGUGGUGAAGGGUAACGCCUUUUUCAAGAAGGAUUCUGAUGAAAGAUUCUACAUGAAAGGUGUUGCUUAUCAGCCAGGUGGAACUUCCAACCUUUAUGACCCGCUUUCUGACCCUGAUGUCUGUAAGAGAGACAUCAAGUACUUCAAGGAGCUUGGAAUCAACACUAUCAGAGUGUAUUCGAUCGAUAACACUGGGGAUCACGAGGAAUGUAUGAAGGCGCUUGCCGACGCUGGGAUUUAUUUGCUCUUGGACACCAACAUCCCUAAAGCGUCUAUUGCUAGAGACGAUGGUGCUAACUGCUCCUACAACACCAUGUACUUGGAAGAGGUUUUUGCUACUGUCAAGUUGAUGUCACAGUACGACAACACUUUGGGCUUUUUCGCUGCUAAUGAGGUUAUCAACGAUGAUGAAUCCACUGCUGCAGCACGCCAAGUGAAGGCAGUUGUUCGUGAUAUCAAAACGUUCCAGAGAGCCAACGGCCUUCGUGAGAUCCCAGUUGGCUACUCUGCGGCUGACGUGGCUGAAAACAGACUUCAGUCUGCGCAAUACUUCAACUGUGGUGAUGACGAAAUGGCUCGUGUUGAUAUGUUUGGGUACAACGACUACUCUUGGUGUGGUGACUCUUCGUUUACUAUUUCGGGCUACGACCAAAAGGUCAAGGAAUACAGUAACUACUCCGUGCCUUUGUUUCUUUCAGAGUUUGGUUGCAACAAGGUAACGCCUCGGAAGUUUACCGAGAUAGGGACAAUAUUUUCCGACAAGAUGUCGCCUGUGUUCUCGGGUGGUCUUGUUUACGAAUACUCACAGGAGAAAAACAACUACGGUUUGGUGAAAAUCGGCAGUGACAAUCUGUCUGUAACAGAGUUGGAAGACUUCGACUACCUUAAAGCCGAAUUCUCAUCUGUGUCAAUGCCAUCCGGUGAUGGUGGAUACCACACAGAUUUGCCACAUGCUGAGUGUCCUCCUGUCGACAGUAAAUGGGAAGCUAGCGAUGAUAUUCCUGACACCCCAAAAGGUGCCUUGAAGUAUUUCCACGGUGCCGAGCCAACCGGUCACGGUUUCGAUGCUAACACCCAAUGGGCUUGUGUCGACGGGAACAACGACGUAGAUGACUCCAGCGAUUAUAGCGGCGCCUCUGGAUCUUAUACUCCAAGCUCUCGCGCCUCCUCGUCAUCUACCAAGGGGUCUAGUUCUUCCCAGUCAAGCUCCACUUCCAGCAAACGUAACGACGCGAAUCAGAUGAGCACACUUUCAGGAUUUGCCUCUUUGGGUGCUUUCAUUUUCGCUAUUAUUGUGUAA